GUCGCAAUCAAUCAGUUAAAGAACAGCUCAGCCUGGCCCAACUUUUACAGGCAAAAAAUUAAAUGGUUGAGCCUGAUCCAAGAUAUUUUUACUUUCUGAAUUCUGAUACAUCAUUGCCAUUUUCAUGGAUAUUUUUCACAAAAUAAGUGAUAGAGAACUCUUGAUUUCAUGAAUAUCAAACCACAAAAACUGAAAGAAGAAAGAAAAAAACGUCUGUUUGUCCAUAAAGAAAAGUCAGUUAAGAUAUAUGGUGCAGAAUCAAACCAAGUUUCCUGGUGUAGGAUUACAGAAAGAUUCAAGUGGGAGGGAGUUACUUUAGUCUUUAGCUUAUCCUGAUGUGAGAUUGAGACCUUUCUAACAUGUAGUUAUUUAUGUAUUUGUGUAAGCCACAUGUUUUGUACGUGCCUAAAAUGUGUUACCCUGCCUGGACAUUCCAAUCUCAAUCCAUCGAAUUCUCCACCUCUUGUUACGAAAACCUCAAAACUUUUUUUUUUUAUGCAAUCAUUCAGAAACUAAGAAAGGAAUCAUAACCCAUGAUAAUAAUAACAUGACUGACCUUUUUUUUUCAUUGUUUUUGGGUAAAAAGCCCGACCUUUGACUGUAUGAGGCUAUGAGCAACGUUACCUUUGGGUUUGACCCAUGCUAGUGGGACCUAUCAAAUCAUCCCACCAAUUCUUCCCGCCUAAAAUUUGGGCUAUUAUUAUUAUGUGCUUCUUCUGUUUCCAUGGAAUCUCCAAUCUUUCUCUUCAUUUAUCGGCAUAUACGAUGUUAACGAUGCAAGAUUAAGGUGCUGGUCUUUACUUUCUUUUGUUACAAAUUCAAGCCCCUGAAAUCCAAAAGCUGAUUCAGAUAUAAAGAAGAAGAAGAAGAGUAGGAAUGGGAAUACAAGGGCUUUUGCCUCUAUUGAAAUCAAUAAUGGUACCAAUCCAUAUCAAGGAUCUUGAGGGCUGUAGCGUAGCUAUUGACACCUAUUCUUGGCUCCACAAAGGGGCCUUGUCUUGCAGCACUGAGCUCUGCAAAGGAUUACCCACCUCCAGGCACAUUGAGUAUUGCAUGCAUAGGGUAAAUUUACUGCGACAUUAUGGUGUUAAACCUGUUCUUGUCUUUGAUGGAGGUCUUCUUCCGAUGAAGAUUGAACAAGAGAACAAGCGUGCAAGGGCAAGGAAGGAAAAUCUUGCACGAGCGGUCGAGCAUGAAUCAUGUGGAAAUUCUACUGCUGCUUAUGAGUGCUACCAAAAAGCUGUUGACAUUUCACCUUCAAUUGCACAUGAAUUAAUCAUGGUCUUGAAGCAGGAGAAUGUAUGUUAUGUUGUGGCACCUUAUGAGGCUGAUGCACAAAUGACUUUCUUAGCCAUCAGCAAACAGGUUGAUGCUGUCAUCACUGAGGACUCUGAUCUUAUACCCUUUGGCUGUCCUAGAGUUAUCUUUAAAAUGGACAAGUUUGGGCAAGGUGUUGAGUUUAAGUCUUCCAUGCUACAGCAAAACAAGGAUCUAAGCUUUGCCGGAUUCACUAAACAGACGCUGCUUGAGAUGUGCAUCCUGAGUGGUUGUGACUAUUUGCAAUCACUGUCAGGAAUGGGUCUGAGAAGGGCCCAUGCACUUAUCAAAAAGUUCAAAAGUUAUGACAAGGUGAUCAAGCACCUGAGGUACAAUACGGUUUCAGUUCCUCCUCUUUAUGAAGAAUCAUUCAAGAAAGCAAUAUUAACCUUUCAGCACCAACGAGUAUAUGAUCCAAUCACUGAAGACAUAGUACAUUUAUCUGACAUAUCCAGCAAUGCUGGUGAUGAUUUGGACUUUUUAGGCCCAUCAAUACCCCAACAAAUAGCUCAAGGCAUAGCAAGAGGUGAUCUUGAUCCAUUUACGCAAAUGCCAUUUGAGGGUGUGAGUGAUAGUUCUCAGCCGGUGCCCAACAGAAAUUUACAGCCCAAAAGUUUUAAACCUGAGAGUGAAAGGAAAAAGCUAGAUUUGCCUGUGCAGAAGAACCUUCUGACCAACUAUUUCUGCUUUGCAUCUCUUGAGGCAAAAAGAAACUUCAGGGCCCCUCGGGUAUCACCUAAGCAUUCAAGUCUGGUUGCUAAUUCUUCUAUCAGUCCUGACGAACACAUUAUCAUGGAGGAUGCUGCUUGCAAAAUUGAUACCUUGUUGUCAUCCUUACCUGACUCUAAGAAUACUAACAACUCGGUAGAAAAUGGUUUUAAUUCCAAGCUUCUUGAGUACUCAGAAUCUCCAAGUCAAGCCACAGUGGAUGAGAUGAGAAGCCUUGACCAUGCAUUGCUGCUAGAAUCCGGCCAGUCAAUACAUAGGCCUUCUGCAGCUUCGUGCAAGGAGCAUGAUUACAGUAUUAUCCUAGAUGCAGCUAAAAGCAAAACAAUAACAGAGAGCAGAAAGGUCAUUGUAAAAAGUCGCUUCUUUCAGAAGAAGCAAGUUAACGAGAAUGAUCUGGAAGAUAAGCAAGUAAGAUUUUGUAGCAAGGGUGGUAUUGCCAAUGACUUUCCUAAGAGUGGCAAUCCUGAUAGUUACAGGAAUACCUAUCUUAAGGGAAUGACUUCAAAAAGGAAGAACUCAUCACUUGAAUGUGUUGAAACAGAAAAUGUGAAUCCCAAGCAAAUCUACAUGGAUGUAUCCUUUGAUGAUAAUGGUCAUUGUGAUCCUAAUCUUGAAGCAUUACUGGAGACAAAAGCUGGAGAGGCAAAAUUUGGAUCAAACAUUUCACAUUUAGGCCAUUACUCUGACAUAGCUCAGAAAUCCAUGGAAAGAUUUGUUUCCGUAAUAUCUUCAUUUAGAUUUUCAUCACCUGGUUCUCGUGCUAGCGGUCUUCGAGCCCCUUUGAAAGAUGCUAAGAACACAUGUAGCAAUAGGUCAUCUGCUUCUGUGGAUCUUAGCCAGUUUGCUUAUGUACCAAAAAACAAGAAGGCUACAUUAGCAUCACGCAGAUUUUGAGUUUUGGUAAUAUCUAGCAGGAGUGCAGAAUUUCGUAGUGGCUAAGCAGUCAAAUCCUCUGUCGCCGUGGCUAUUGGUGCUUUAAGUCCAUUAAUCUGUUGAUAUUGUAAGUGACAUUGACAUUCUCACCUUCAUUCAUGUUUAUUUAAAGUUGUUUUCCUUGCAAUGGUUUUCAUAUAGAGAAAUUCGUGGUUUCAGCCUUUCAAAAUGCUCAUGAUGUUGGCCUGCUGAGGACUUUAAAUGAAUUGAGGCCAGCUGCAUUUUUGUCUUCAAGAAAAGAUGCUAGCAUGUACCAUUUUUUUUCAUUUUCAUUUAUAUGGAGCUCCUGACUGAAGAAAAUGCCAACAACAUUGGUUUUUUAAUUGUUAUUGUUCAUUAAAGUUGCUUUCUGGGCUAAAAUUCUGCCUGUCUAAAAUCUGAAUCCCACAGAUUUUUCUCUGAUUAACAUCGUACUUUAUUGUGUGGUUUGAUUUUUAAGGGAAGAGACGAGCCGGUCGUAUGUUAACGGUAUAUGUAUUUUGUUGUUAUGGAACGUCUUAUACAUAUGGUGAUUGGUCUUGUUGAUCUUGAUAACGUGAUUAGUGCAAGGGGCUGACGAGAGCCUGUCGUGAACUUCCA